GGUUCUGACCUCAGCGUCUCUCCCCAGUCCUCAGGCUGCCUCUUACUACGACCCCGCCAUACAGGGAAGGGAAAUGUAAAGACGUGUCAUUGCUACAGAAUCUCCCAAAUCCUCUUCAUCCAGUCCCUCACCCCUCAGAUGCUGCCCUCUGGGGCAAAGGGCACAGGGGAAGGGGACUUCCUAGGUUAAUUAUUAACCCUUUGCACCCUCAGGGCUUCUCUCCCCUCCUAAAGGCAGAGGGACAAGCACUGGCUAGGGGCCGCUGAGGGGGCGGUGGUCCCCUCAGCAGUCAUGGGGGUCGCACUGUCUCUGCAGGUCCCGAGGCUCUGCUCGCGCCAUGCAAUUCCUCUCGCUAUCUUCGCGCUUCUGCUUCUUUAUCUCUGGACUCGGAGCCUUCGCGCCCUCUCAGGCUGUGGAUCGGGGACGCAGACCUGCAUUGCCGAGGGACCGCCGCCUUUACAGGUCCGGAAACAGUCGGGACCCCUGGAGGGCCUGGAAGGGGAAGAGUCUCAGUGUCUGGGCCCCCAGGGGAUGCUGGGCCGCAUGGUGAGGCCGUUCCACGCCAGUAUGAACCCCGAAGGGGAUGUGGAGUUGUCGCAGUAUCUGGCAGGUUGGAGGGAGCUAGUCAGAUUCCUAAUUCCACUCGGCUCCAUCUACGCCUUCGCCACCAACGAGGCCUUCGCCAAAGUGACUGCCCUCGAGGCUCUGGUGCAUGGCCCAGAGGCCGCGCACUACACGUCGCUGGCGACCAUGGUGGCGUGGGAGAGGCCAGGGAUCGCCUCUCGAGACUCGGCCAGGUACCCGGGCUCAUUAACGAUGCUCUUGCUGCACCGUGCGCUACGCUGGUCGCAGCUCUGCCUCCAUGGUGUGGCAACCGGGACGCUCGGAGGCCCAGACGCCGGCGCGCAGUGCAGCGACGCCUACGGCACGGCCCUGGCCCCGCACCACCCCUGGCUCGUCCGUCAGGCCGCCCACCUCGCAUUCCUCGCCUUCCCGGGUCGCAGCCGCUUGCUCGAGCUGGCAUGUCCGGGAGCCAGAGAAGCGGAGGCGCGGGCCGCGCUGGCCCGGGCUGCGGGCACCCUGGAGGACGUCUACAACCGUACUCAGACCUUGUUGGCCGAACGAGGCCUGCUCGAGCUGGCCUGAUGCCUGCAGGCCAUUGGAAAAAGCGCCCUGGGG